AUGUACGGAGUUGGAUCGAAGUUUGGUAGUGACUUGGUAAAAUCUAUAAAAGAGGAUUUACAAAAGUUGUAUGAUUGGUAUAAGCAAGCUUAUGACCAAAAACAUAAUUCCACACAACCUUUUGGUAGUGGUGGAAAUAAUGUCUCCAAUGACGAAACAAUUGUAGGUGUUGCCCGUUUAUCCAUUAUGGCUAGAGAUGAUGCUUUUGAGCAACAUUUAGAGGAACAAAACUCGAUUGAUCAACAAAAUGAGCUUGAGGGGUAUAAUUCUAGUAAGUGUGUUAAAAGGGAUCCUAACUUUGACAUUCUUGUGUGGUGGAAACGCAAUUCAGCUGAAUAUCCUAUUUUAUCUACAAUGGCUAAAGAUAUUUUAGCCACACCAGUUUCUACCGUUGCUUCCGAAAGUGCUUUUAGCACAGGAGGGAGGGUCAUAGAAACCUAUAGGAGCUCUCUAACUGCUGAAAUGACAGAAGCUUUAAUUUGCACCCAGAAUUGGUUAAGGCCUUCUUUAACCUAUUUCAAAGAUAUGAACCUCAUGGAAGAUUUUGAGCUUUCAGAAGAUAUUGUAACAGAGUUUCAACAAAUGUCUUCAGCAGCAAGGGGAGGAUCAGGUGUCUCAUCAUCACAGCCUCAGCCAAAACCUUCUGGUUGUGCUUGA